AGCGGGGAGAGGCGGUGUUUCAGAGAAGGCGGUGGUGCUCUUGUAAUUGGAAAAGCUCCGCGAUGUGACAAGACGCUUUGGCGAACACCGCAGAGAUUGAGUGCGUGAGAGGGAUUUGAGUGGGUGCAACCGAGCUAGAGAAUCUUCCGUUUACUGUCUUUCUUUCUGCCACACGUACCUUCGCGGUCAAUCGCAUCACAUCUUCUCUUCGUUUAGGCUACUCUCUCUACCCAUUCGGCGUAUUUCACUCGGAUAACUUCUCUCUAAAGGAAAAUACUGUUUAUGGUUUUGACCGAAGAUUUCAAGAUGUCUCGCACCGACGAGGUUCACCGCAUAACGGAGAAUGUCUACAAGUCCAUCAUGGAACAGUUCAACCCCUGCUUGCGGAACUUCGUUGCCAUGGGGAAAAGCUAUGAGAAGGCCCUAUCCAAUGUGACGUUUGCUGCUAAGGGCUACUUUGAUGCCCUGGUGAGGAUGGGAGAGCUCGCCAGUGAGAGCCAGGGGUCCAAGGACAUGGGGGACGUGCUGUUUCAGAUGGCGGAGGUCCACAGACAGAUCCAAGUACAGCUAGAGGAGAUGCUGAAGUCUUUCCACAACGAGCUGCUGUCUGAGCUGGAGAAGAAGGUUGAGCUGGACGCUCGUUACCUGACGGCUGCGUUGAAGAAGUACCAAGUAGAGCACAAGAGUAAGGGAGAGAGUCUGGAGAAGUGUCAGGCUGAACUGAAGAAACUCCGCAGGAAGAGCCAAGGCAGCAAGAACCCCUCCAAGUACGGAGAGAAGGAGAUGCAGUUUGUGGAGACCAUCAGUAGUAAGCAGAGUGAACUGGACACCUUCAUAGCAGAGGGCUACAAGACUGCUCUGUCUGAGGAGCGCAGGAGGUACUGUUUCCUGGUGGACAGACAGUGUGCUGUAGCCAAGAACAGCAGCGCCUACCACGGCAAGGGUAAAGACCUGCUGACCCAGAAGAUCCCAGUAUGGCAGCAGGCUUGUUCAGACCCCAACAAGCUACCAGAGCGGGCCAUGCUCCUAGCCCAGCAGAUGGGCUCCGGGUCCAGCACGGGCACCGCUUCCCUGACCAUGGGCGGCUCCAGCCCCCUGAACACCUCCAAGUCUAACCUGUCCAACCUGGUCAUCUCUGACCCCAUCCCCGGGGCUCAGCCACUCCCUGUCCCCCCAGAACUGGCCGUCUUCAUGGGUGGUGGGCUGGGGCACCAGGCGAGGCUGAUGGGUUCAGAUGGGAUGUCCAUGGUGAACGGUACGACAGGACUCCACGGAGAGGAAGAGUACUGGACAGAGGGGGGUGGGUCAGUCUCCCAGCUCCAAGGAAGACCCUCCUCCCCCCAGGCCCCUUCCCUACCCCAGGGACAGGCCCCCACCCAGAGACAGGUCAGUGAGCACUACUCCAAUACCCUGCCCGUCCGCAGGCCCCAGCCUGCCAAGAACAAGACCUCUGUUGGUGAGACCCGUACCCUGCCCAGGUCUAGCUCCAUGGCAGCGGGGCUGGAGAAGAACGGUCGUGCCCGUGUCCAGGCCAUCUUCUCCCACGCGGCCGGAGACAACGGCACCCUGCUCAGCUUCUCUGAGGGAGACGUCAUCACCCUGCUGGUCCCAGAGGCCCGUGACGGAUGGCACUAUGGGGAGAACGAGAAGAACAAGAUGCGUGGCUGGUUCCCCUUCUCUUACACACGUGUGCUGCCAGAGAGUGAGAAGGAGAAGCUCCAGGUGAAUCUGCACCAUGGGAAGAGCAGCAGCACCGGGAACCUGCUAGAGAGCGACAUGUCUCUGCCCAUGCCCGACUACGGCCUGACUGCCCGCCUGCUGGCACAGAGCCUGGCACAGAGCAGACCCAGGCCCUACAGCAUGGCAGGCUUUACCACACAGCCUGCUCUUGAGGACUAUGACAGUCGCUUUGCUGCUGCAAGUUUGGGUCCAGAAAUGUCCCGGUUCUGAAAGAACAGGACGUCAUGACCGAGCCCUGGAGAUUUACUUCAGACAACCCAUCAAUGAUGACAGAUCAGCCCCUAUAUUCUACUAGCAGGGGCCCUCACAGCACCCCUGUGGGUCCAUGGCCUCUCAACCUCCCCUUAACACCUCUCUAGGCCCCUGGCCCCUCAUCCUCCCCUUAACACCCCUGUGGGUCCCUGGCCUCUCACAGCACCUCUGUGGGUCCCUGGCCUCUCACCCUCCCCUCACAGCACCCCUGUGGGUCCCUGGCCUCUCACCCUCCCCUCACAGCACCCCUGUGGGUCCCUAGCCUCUUACCCUCCCCUCACAGCACCCCUGUAGGUCCCUGGCCUCUCACCCCUCACAGCAUCCCUGUGGGUCCCUGGCCUCUCACAGCACCCCUGUAGGCCCCUGGCCUCUCACCCUCCCCUCACAGCACCCCUGUGGAUCCCUGGCCUCUCACAGCACUCCUGUAGGCCCCUGGCCUCUCACCCUCCCCUCACAGCACCCCUGUAGGCCCCUGGGGCUCCCUGGCCUCCGAUCCUCCUCUCACAACACCCUUGUAGGCCCCUGGGGGUCCCUGGCUGCUCAUCCUUCCCAUAACCACCCUGUAGGGCCCUGGGGGUCCUUGGCCCCACCACCUCCCCCUAACCAGCUUGUGUGUCCCUGGCCCCUCGCUCUCCCCUUAAGACCCCUGUAGGUCUCUGGCCUCUCUAGCUGUCACAAUACUGAUAAUGAUGAACAUAUAUUUUUCAUUUCUAUUUUCCUGUAACUUUAAAUAAUGUACAGCAAACUGUCUAAGAGGUUGAAGGUAAAUACUGAGAGGGAGGACAACGUGUGGUAUCUAUAUUGGUUAUAUUACAGUAAAUUGAUAGUUACACUGGAUGUAGAUGUACAGUAUAACAUAAGUACAUUUGUAAAUACUUUUUCAUUUAAAACUAUUACUUGAUAUUUUAAACCAAGUAUGCCUAACGCUCUUCCUGAAGAUCUACCAUCCUGUAGGUUUUCAAUCCAACCGUAAUCAAACACACCUGAUUUCACUAGUUAAGGUCUGGGUGACCUGCUAAUAAUUAGAAUCAGGUGAGUGAGUGAAAAAGUACAGGACGGUAGGUCUUCAGGAAGAGGGUUGGGCAGCCCUGCAGCAGGCCUACAUGCUGGCCUAGAACUGCUGUCAACUAGGAUGGGCGUUAGGAAGGCUCCACCACUACACUUACGCUGCCUUGCAAAAGUGUUCACACCCCUCGGGUUUCCUCACAUUUUGUUGGUACAAAGUGGGAUUAAAAAUAAAUAAAUAAAACAUUUUGUCAAUCUACACAAAAUACUCAAGUCAAAGUGUUUUAUUGAUUUAAUAUGAAUAGAGAUUACAUAACAAAAAUAUAGUCGUUACAUAAGUAUUGAGCCCCCUAAGUCAAUACAUUUGACUUAGGGGGCGAUUACAGCUGUGUCUUCCUGGGUAAGUCUUUUAAAGCUUUACACACCUGGAUUGUACAAUAAUAGCCCAUUUAUUAUUUUUAAAGUUCUUCAAGCUCUGUCAAGAAGUCUCGCUAUUGAUUUAAGCAGAUUUAUGUCAAACUGUAACUUGGCCACUCAGGAACCUUCACUGUCUUCUUGGUAAAAUAUUCCUGUGUAGAUUUGGCCUUGUGUUGUAGGUUAUUGUCCUGCUGAAAAGUGAAUUCCUCUCCCAGUGACUGGUGUGAAGCAGACUGAAGCCUCAAGGAUUUUUGCAUUUGCUUAGCUUCAUCCCGUUAAACUCCCCAGUAUUUGCCGAUGUCAAGCAUACUCAUACCGUGAUGCAGCCACCACCAUGCUUAAAAAUAAGGAGGCAGUUAGUUACUCAGUGUUGUUGGAUUUGCCCCAAAUGUAAGGCUUUGCAGUGUUUUUUUUUAAGUAUUAAUUUUGUGCCUUGUUGCAUACAACAUGCACGUUUUGGAAUAUUUUUAUUCUGUAUAUUUGUAUUGUUCUUUUCAAUCUGCCAUUGUAAGUCAUUAUUGUGGAGUCUCUACAAUGUUGUUGGGCCAACCUCAGUUUUCUCCCAUCACAGCUUUUUUUAAAUCACCAUGGUGACAUCCCUGAGGUGUUUCAAUCCUGCUGCUCAGUUCAAAAGGAGGACUGCAUCUUUUAUGUGUCUGGGUGGUUAAAUACACCAUCCACAUAAUAAUAAUUUACUUCACCAUGCUUAAAUAUAUAUUCAAUGUCUGAUUUGUUAUUGUUACCCAUCUACCAAUCACUGGCCUUCUGUAUAAGGCUUUAGAAAGGUCCCUGGUCUUUGUAAUUUAAUCUGUGCUUGAAAUUCAAUACUUGACUGAAGGCAGAUGGUGUAUGUGUGGGGGACGGAGGAAGGGUUAGUCACUAAAAUAUCAUGUCAACCCCUAUUACACACAGUGAGUCCAUAUAACUUCAAAUGAUAUUAGUCACAUGCGCCGAAUACAACAGGUGUAGACCUUACAGUGAAAUGCUUACUUACGAGCCCCUAACCGACAAUGCAGGAAAAAAAAUAUGGAUAAGAAUAAGAGAGAAAUGUAACAAGUAAUUAAAGAGGAGCAGUAAAAAAUAACAUGUACAGUGGGGUGCCGGUACAGAGUCAAUGUGCGGGGGCACCGGUUAGUUGAGGUAGUAUGUACAUGUAGGUAGAGUUAAUUAAAGUGACUAUGCAUAGAUGACAACAUAGAGUGGCAGUGGUGUGGAGAGGGGGGGGGGGUGAAAUGUGAAUAGUCUGGGUAGCCAUUUGACUAGAUAUUCAGGAGUCUUAUGGCUUGGGGGUAGAAGCUGUUUAGAAGCCUCUUGGACCUAGACUUGGCGCUCCGGUACUGCUUGCCGUGUGGUAGCAGAGAGAACAGGCUAUGACUAGGGUGGCUGGAGUAUUUGACCAUUUUCAGGGCCUUCCUCUGACACUGCCUGGUCCUGAGGUCCUGGAUGGCAGGAAGCUUGGCCACAGCGAUGUACGGGGCCAUUCGCACUACCCUCUGUAGUGCCUUGCGGUCGGAGGCCGAGCAAUUGCCAUACCAGGCAGUGAUGCAACCAGCUAGGAUGCUCUCGAUGGUACAGCUGUAGAACCUAUUGAGGAUCUGAGGACCCAUGCCAAAUAUUUUCAGUCUCCUGAGGGGGAAUAGGUUUUGUCGUGCAUGCUUCACGACUGUCAUGGUGUGUUUGGCCAUGUUAGUUUGUUGGUGAUGUGGACACCAAGGAACUUGAAGCGCUCAACCUGCUCCGCUACAGCCCCGUCAAUGAGAAUGGGGGCGUGCUCGGUCCUCUUUUUCCUGUAGUCCACAAUCAUCUCCAUUGUCUUGAUCACGUUGAGGGAGAGGUUGUUGUCCUGGCACCACACGGCCAGGUCUCUGACCUCCUCCCUAUAGGCUCGUCUCAUUGUCGGUGAUCAGGCCGAGCACUGUUGUCAUCGGAAAAAUUAAUGAUGGUGUUGGAGUCGUGCCUGGCCGUGCAGUCAUGAGUGAACAGGGAGUACAGGAGAGGACUGAGCACGCAACCCUGAGUGGCCCCUGUGUUGAGGAUCAGCAUGGCGGAUUUGUUGUUACCUACCUUCACCACCUGGGGGCGGCCCGUCAGGAAGUCCAGGAUGCAGUUGCAGAGGGAGGUGUUUAGUCCAAGGGUCCUUAGCUUAGUGAUGAGCUUUGAUGGCACUAUGGUGUUGAACACUGAGCUGUAGUCAAUUAAUAGCAUUCUCACAUGGGUGUUCCUUCUGUCCAGGUGGGAAAAGGCAGUGUGGAGUGCAAAGGAGACUGCAGCAUCUGUGGAUUUUUUGGGGCGGUAUGCAAAUUGGAGUGAGUCUAGGGUUUCUGGGAUGAUGGUGUUGAUGUGAGCCAUGACCAGCCUUUCAAAGCACUUCAUGGCUACAGACUCGAAUGCUAUGGGUCGGUAGUCAUUUAGGCAGGUUACUUUCGUGUUCUUGGGCACAGGCACUAUGAUGGUCUGCUGAAAACAUGUUGGUCUUACAGACACGGACAGGGAGGGGUUGAUAAUGUCAGUGAAGACACUUGCCAGUUGGUCAGCGCAUGUUCGCAGUACACGUCCUGGUAAUCCGUCUGGCCCUGCGGCCUUGUGAAUGUUGACCUGUCUAAAGGUCUUACUCACAUUGGCUGCGGAGAGCGUGAUCACACAGUCUUCCGGUACAGCUGGUGCUCUCAUGCAUGUUUCAGUGUUAUUUGCCUCGAAGCGAGCAUAGAAGUAGUUUAGCUCAUCCGGUAGGCUCGUGUCACUGGGCAGCUCUGGGCUGUGCUUCCAUUUGUAGUCUGUAAUGGUUUGCAGGCCCUGCCACAUCCAACGAGCAUCAGAGCCGGUGUAGUACAACUCGAUCGUUGUCCUGUAUUGACGUCUCGUCGGAGGGCAUAGCAGGAUUUCUUAUAAGCUUCUGGGUUAGAGUCCCGCUUCUUGAAGGCGGCAGCUCUAGCCUUUAGCUCAGAGCGGAUGCUGCCGGUAAUCCAUGGUUUCUGGUUGGGGUAUGUACGUAUGGUCACUGUGGGGAUGACGUCAUCGAUGCACUUAUUGAUGAAGCCAAUGACAGAUGUGGUGUUCUCAUCAAUGCUAUUGGAGGAAUCCCGGAACAUAUUCCAGUCUGUGCUAGAUAAACAGUCCUGUAGCUCAGCAUCUGAUACAUCUGACCACUUUUUUAUUGAUCUAGUCACUGGUGCUUCCUGCUUUAAUUUUUGCUUAUAAGCAGGAAUCAGGAGGAUAGAAUUAUCCCCAGAUCUGCCAAAUAGAGGGCGAGGGAGGGCUUUAUAUGCAUCUCUAUGUGUGGAGUAUAGGUGGUCCAGAGUUCUUUUCCCUCUGGUUGCACAUUUAACAUCUUGAUAGAAAUUAGAUAAAACGGAUUUAAGUUUCCAUGCAUUAAAGUCCCCGGCUACUAGGAGCGCCACCUCUGGGUGAGCGUUUUCUUGUUUGCUUAUGGCGGAAUAUCGCUCAUUCAAUGCUAUCGUGGUGGUAUGUAAACAGCUACAAACAAUAUGGAUGAAAACUCUCUCGGUAGGUAAUGUGGUCUGCAGUUCAUCAUGAGUAACUACCUCAGACAAGCAAUGGCUCGAAACUUCCUUAGAUAUCGUGGACCAGCUGUUGUUUACAAAAAUACAUAGACCGCCACUCCUUCUCUUACCGUGCCAUGACUCCGUGAAGCAUAUGAUGCUACAGUUUUUAAUGUCCCGUUGGUAGUUUAAUCUUCCCAAUAACUCAUCCAUUUUAUUGUCCAAAGAUUGCAUGUUUGCGAGCAGAAUUGCGGGGAGUGGGGGUUUAUUCGAUCGCCGCCUACUCCUCAGAAGGCAGUCCGCCCUCCGGCCUCUAUCUCCACCUCCUCUUCACGCAGAUCACUGGGUUUCGGGCCUGUUCCCGAGGGAGCCGUAUAUCCUCCGCAUCGGGCUCGUCAGAGUUGUGAAAGAAGAAAAAGGAUUCUGCUAGUCCGUGGUGAGUAAUCUCAGUCCUGAUGUCUAGAAGUCAUUUUCGGUCAUAAGAGACGGUAACAUUAUGUACAAAAAUAGUAAAACAAUAAGUUACAAACAAUGCAGAUAAAACACAAAAACCCAAUCGGUUCGGGGACGUAAAACGUCUGACUUCUGCUCCGGCGCCAACUUUUGUUAUUUGUUAAGCCAAACUAAUUUAGGCUUGCCUGAACAAAGGGGAUAUAUUUUAGUUAUCUAUUUUUAUCAAUCUUCAAAAAAUAUAUAAAAAAAUCUUCCACUUUGACUUUGGUGUAUUUUGAGUAGAUCGUUGACCAAAAAAAUACAAUUAGAUCAAUUUUAAUCCCACUUUGUAACACAAUAAAAUGUGAAGAAAUCCAAGGGGUAUGAAUACUUUUGCAAGGCACUGUAGAUAGUUAAUGUCUUCUUGCAGUUAAAAAGGUGUCAAAGUUUGUUAGACCAAUCCAUUUGUUUUAAUUUGUACAAAUCAUGUUUUUCCAUAAUAGACCUCAGUAUUCUUUGAUACAACACUGUACAUUUGACAUUGAACAUCCUAUAGAUAGACUACUAACUUAAAGUAUGAGCAUAGUAGAGCAUUGAAGGCUUGCAGAAACCCGGUGAGAUACGCAUAUCACAAAAACUCUUCCUUGUUCAGUCCAUACCGAUCUUCUUUGCAGUGGAAUGAGGUACCUUACAGCAAUGUGUCCUCAAGCUAAGGCAGGGGUCGUUUAGCAGCUCAUGGAAAUGGAUAGUGAUGUACAAUGAAUGUGAUCAAACAUAACUGCAAACAUUAGCUAAUGCUUCUGUACAGGCCAUAGACCAUCAUAAAUAACACACCAUAUUGUCUAGUCGUGAUACAGUAUGCCCAGUAACAUGGGAACUGUGCCUUCUGUCUGUCUGUCGUUUCCUAUGCAACUUCAGGUUAAAUCAUCAUCCUAAAACACGGCUAUAAGCAAAGGGUACAUGGAACACUUUUAUCUGGAUAUUGUUUGUUAUAUUGUUCUUCAGAAUGUCACAAAUGUUAUUUUCUUUGAUUUAGAUUUUUCUAAAAUGUUUGAUCAGCUAAAUAAUUCUACUGUAAAAACAAAAUGUUUUUGUUGCUUGAAUAUGUUAAACUACUACUGUACUACUACAUACUCUAAUGGUAGAAUACAAAUAGAGAAAUGCUAUGAAUUCCCUUCUACAUGUUCUUCUUUUUAAAGUGAGUAUUAUAACUUUAUAAUAAGAUGUUAGCUAGCUACAGCAGAAAUAAUAGCUGAUAUGAUUUGACGUUCAGAUUUAGUUUCCCACCUCAGAAUAACAAAUUGAAUGUUAUUGUCAUAGUGUGAUCAUGCUGACUCAGUAUUAUACACUGUAGGCCUAUCUGAAAUCACACCCUCUUCCCUUUAGUGCACUACUAUUGGUCAGAGCCAAUCUGGGCACUAUGUAGGUAAUUGGAUGCCAUUUUGGACACUUAUGGAUUGUCUUCAAUAGGGGUCAGAGAAUGGACAGUGGUCCCGCUGGUUAGUGUGGAGGUAUGAGAGAAACUGAAAUGAGUGUAUGAAUCGGAGUCUCAAUAGAUACCACUGGUUGGAUCCAACUUUAGACCACUGUUUGAGAACAGGUGAACCACUGGCUAGGCACACCAGAAUGGUUUCAAAUACAUUUUAUACGCUUUUAUAAUAUUUUCUCACUCUGUUCCUGUAUCUGUAUUAUCUGUAUUAUCUGUACAAAAAUGACCUUUGUACACAUUCAUGACCUUGUAUGAAAUAAAACAAUUGGACACAAGAAA